AUGUGCAAACCUCUUGAAUAUGGUUAUCUUCUCGUCACUUUCUGCGUCGCAGAGAUUCACGAUAGCGUUUUUUUUUUUUUUUUUACUUGUGCAGAUGUCGGCUGCCUACUUCCAUUGUAUAGUGUCGAUGGUAGAAAGCCCGUUACGAUCCAUGAGCUAUCAUUACUUUCUAUUUGUGCACAGCGGAAAAUAACAAGACAGAUUCAUUGGCAGAAAAAAAAAUGGAGGAAGGUUAAACACGCACAGUUCAUUGACAGGCUCAAUGCUGUGAUUCUCUUCCACUCUCGCUGGUUCAUUGAGGAAGGCAACAAGUCAUCUAUAUUCAUAUCACUAUAUAUAUAUAUAUAUAUAUAUAUAUAUAUAUAUCAUUUUCUUCUAUCUAUCUAUCUAUCUAUCUAUCUAUCUAUCUAUCUAUCUAUCUAUCUAUCUGUGUGUUCAUAUUUAUCUAUAUGUGUGUUCAUAUCUAUUAAUCUAUCUAAAUGUGUGCUCAUAGCUAUCUGUGUGUUCACAUCUAUCUAUCUAUCUAUCUAUCUAUCUAUCUAUCUAUCUAUCUAA